GGGGAUGCACAGGAGGGGGAGGGGAAGUGGAAAACCAAGGCUAUGGGUUGGGGAUGGAAAGAUGAGGGAAAGGUGGGUAUGGAGAGAAAAGGUAGACAUGGGGAAGAAAGUAGACAUGGGAGAAAAGAGAUGGCAUGAGGAAGAAAGGAGCUGCGAGGGAAGAAGGUGGAUUUGGGGGAGAAGGUGUGCAUUGGUAGCUUAGGGUGGAAUGGAUCCAGAUGUCAGUGAUGAAGAUGGAGCAAGAUAAGGUUGGGGAAACAUUCAAUGGGAGAGCAGGAUUUGAGUUCACUGACUGUGUUGUCCCUGUUGUGCCCCCCUUCAGGUACAUGGUGCGGGUCCGAGCUGUGGUGAUGGCCCGAGAUGACUCCAGUGGGGGCUGGCUGCCUGUGGGGGGCGGGGGCCUCAGCCAGGUGAGCGUAUGUCGGGUCCGAGGGGCCAGGCCCGAGGGGGGGGCCCGCCAGGGGCACUACGUCAUCCACGGGGAGCGCCUCCGGGACCAGAAAACGACCUUGGAGUGUACCCUGAGGCCAGGCUUGGUUUACAACAAGGUCAACCCCAUCUUCCACCACUGGAGCCUGGGUGACUGCAAGUUUGGGCUGACGUUUCAGAGUCCUGCAGAGGCCGAUGAGUUCCAGAAGAGCCUGCUGGCUGCGCUGGCCACCCUGGGUCGAGGGUCACUCACCCCCUCCUCUUCCUCCUCCUCCUCCUCCCCUUCCCAGGACACCGCAGAGACCCCCUGCCCUUUGACGUCUCAUGUGGACAGCGACUCCUCCUCCAAUCACAGCCACCAGGAGACACCUUCCACCGCCACGGCCCCCAUUAUCACGAUGGAGUCGGCUUCUGGCUUUGGACCGGGCACGUCUCCGCAGCGCCGCCGCUCCUCGGCUCAGACCUACCCUCCUCUUCUACCGUUUACUGGGAUUCCAGACGCCUCAGAACCCUUGGCCGGGGCAGCGAGCCCGGGUUGGGGCGGCCGCGGGUAUGAGGAUUACCGACGCUCUGGGCCAACCGCGCCCCUCGCCUUGUCUACCUGCGUCGUACGCUUCGCCAAGUCGGGCACGUUGAGGGGUGCAGCCCUGGGGUCUCCAGCGGCACUACCUGCCCCUCUGACAGAUGCUGCGCCUCCAGCGCCCCCAGCUCGCCCACCCCCCGGGCCGGGCCCCGCCCCUGCGCCGGCCAAGGCCUCCCCGGAGGCGGAGGAGGCUGCGCGCUGCGUUCAUUGCCGCGCGCUGUUUCGCCGCCGUGCUGACGGGCGUGGCGGUCGCUGUGCAGAGGCCCCGGACCCGGGUCGCAUAUUGGUGCGCCGUCUCAGCUGCCUGUGGUGUGCGGAGAGCUUACUCUACCACUGCCUGUCGGACGCCGAGGGCGACUUCUCGGACCCAUGCGCCUGUGAGCCCGGCCACCCACGCCCCGCCGCGCGCUGGGCCGCGCUGGCGGCUCUCUCCCUGGCGGUGCCCUGCCUCUGCUGCUACGCGCCCCUGCGCGCGUGCCACUGGGUCGCGGCGCGAUGUGGCUGCGCCGGCUGUGGAGGUCGUCACGAGGAGGCUGCACGGUGAGAACGGCCUGGCGGGUUCCGUAGCCAGAUCGAGGACCCAAAAUUGAGGGUCCAGGACUCCUGUUUCCAUUCGGACCUAAAACCCAAACCUAGGCACAUCUGGAACUUGGAGUUUGAGUUUGGAUUGAAAGAUCCCAGACCUGGAAUCUGGAUCCCAAACCUGGGACUGAGAGACCCCACACCCAGCUUCACUGGGAUUAUCCGAGAGGUUUUAGGCAUUCUGAGUUCUGGCGUCCCCCAUUCCCCCCACCUGGAGGCCCCAGGCAUUCCCAGACUCUGCACCUCAGUAGAACCAGGAGCAUACAGUUUCCUGAGAGAUGCAGGGCACUGAAGCCUAAUUUCAUGUUCAAAUUACCAACUCAGAUCAUGGUUAUGCCUGGCACUAUGAUCCUCAGAUUACAGCCCCAGAAUUAGGAGUUGCCAAUACCUAAACCUGCCUGAUCCAAUUACUCCCAGAUCUUGAGACUGUAGGACCCAGAAUUACCCCCAAAUGGUCCCUGAAUGUUCUCCUUAGACCUGGUGCACCCACAUCUGAGAUAUUUUUGUAGCCCCAGGAGUCUUGAGACACCAAACCCACCUGGGCUUGAGAUUCCAUUAUGUUCUAGAAUUGCCAGGCCAGAUACUGGCCCCAAGUCUAUCCACUACUGAGUGCCCAUAGGACACCCCCCCAAGAAAAAAAAAAACCUGGCCCCAGAUUCAGGAACACUGAGAUAUAAAAUGUCUAGGUAACUUUCAAAUGCUGUGAGACCCCAGACUCAAGAUGCACUUGAGCCCUUGGAUAUGCUCAAACAUGAGAUAAUCUCUGACCAAAAUGAUGUGGGAAACUCAUGCUAGAGCCCCCCAGAUCCAGAUAUCAGACACCAAGAUACUCUAGGAGCCAGGGAUCAAAGAACUCUGUAGACUCACCAAUCCCAAGCCAGUAUUCUCAGGAGCUUUGGAUUUCAUAUUUAAGACUCGGAGGUGCCUGGUGCUUCAGAUGUAUGACUGAAGGCCACCAACACCUCAGGGCCCAAGACUGGUUUCAAGUCUUCAAAUGCCCUCUUCCAGUCCCAUUUGGACUUGGAUUUUGAGACCCAAAUGUCUUGGAAUCUUCAGGUUCCUUCUACCCACAGAUCCCCAAUUUCCUGAAGUCUGGGGGUUCAGCUCUCAGAAGAUGGGAUGGCCAUGGCAACCCAGACCUCUGGACCCAUGGCCCUCAGCCCUUGAAUGACCCUAAGGUGCUUUAGGAGCACUGUACUCAAGAUCCCAAGGUGCCAUCCAUCCCCAAGAUGCAGGGCUCAAGCCCCCACAAUGUUGGAAUUGUUACUGAUCCAAGACCUUAGUCCUUCCAUAGCAAAGAUAUUCAGAUUUGAGGUGCCACAGAACCCUAGCACUCUCAGACCCCAGAUUUCUUUGACUCAAACUUCUCUAUCCCUGAUUCUCCAGGCUGCUUUUGUGCAUCCUGAGACCAGCUAUCCCUUGAAUCCUGGUGUCUGUCGGCCUCUGAGACUCCAAGGUCCCCAGCUCUCAAAUUCUGGUUCCCAGGAUCCCAGCCCAGGCCUCUUAUUAAUCCUGAGAAUUACCCCUUUAUCCACUAUUUUGAACUCAUAUUCUUGGAUUUUAGACCACCUGAGAGUUCAUCCACUCCCACCUCUAGGAGCCAGCAUUGCCAUAGAUGAUUGUAUGUGCUGUUCACUAAGCAACAGCAACAGCCCAGGGGUUGAGUUGGGCUAGAACUCACAUUGCAGUCUGCUGGCCCAGGGGGGCCCUCAGCGGGAGGAUACACAACCCCCCCUAGCUAUGGCUCUGUUGGGUCCCCGCCCCCAAUUCUCAGUUUUCCAAACCCUCUAUGCCCAACCUUGAGCCAACCCCUCCCCCUUCUUUUAUAUUCUGCCUCUCCUUUAACUCCUUCCCUUCCAUCUCAAAGUAGGAAGUUGCUUCCAAAAGUUUGGCAGCCUGUUUUAUGGCCCUGUGGGACUUUUCAUCUGUGAAAAGGGAUGCCACACUUUUCCCUAAGUGGAAUGGGACUUCCAGUGUAACUAAGGUCUGGUGUCCUGUAUGGGGUGAGAGCUUCAAGGUCUUGGAGCAAGACAGUCUCAAUGUUUGGGCUUGGGACCUGCAUCUGGCCCCAAGCAUUUGGAAAAAGUGCACUUUCCUUUCCUCAUUACCUAGACUGGGAUGGCUUUGUAGGGGUUCAAUGGAUAGGUUCUCUGUCACUUCCUUUAAAUUAUUAACUAUUUAUUACAUCCGGAACCUGUGAGAUUCAGCUCUCCCAACCAGACCCUGGGAUGGGUGAGAGAAAAGGGGGUGGAGUGUCCCUCCCAUCCCCACUCUGCCCAGCUCUCAUCACUGUCAGACCCAUCAGAGCUGAGGGCGGAGGGACUAGAGGCUGGGGCGGCCUGGGUCCCCCUCCCCCUCUCUGUGCCUCGGUCUCCCCCCUUCCGUGUUGGGGGGGAAGCUCCAUUCUUAACCUACCUCGUUUUGGGGAGGGGUGGGACGGGGGACCAGAGUGCUGUAAGGUGCUGUGGGACUGCAGAUGAAGCGGUGGGGACCUGGGAAAGGUUCCCUAGCCACCACCUCCCAGCAGCGCCUCUCCCAGGUCUCCUAGUCCUGCUCCCUGAUGGUACCCACCUCUGAUCCAUGAUUACCCUUCAUUGCCCCCAAAUCAGGGGGGCAUGGAGGGCUGACCCUGGGAGCCAGGAAGACCUCAGACCCUGGAGCCCCCAGGCCCAAUUUCCCAGCUGCUGGCCCCUCAGAUUGGAUGCUUGGCCCCCAGACUUGGGGGAGGCACCCCAAUAUUUAUCUUCCUGAUUUGAUUCCAAGCCAGUCUGUGACCUCAAUAUUGUCCAUAUCAGUACAGGCUGAAAUGGUGGGGGAGAAUGGGGGCCAAAGACCCAGCCUUGUCAUUGGGGGAGGGGGCAUGACAUCUGCUCCAAGAAAUCUCUGUGACAAAGUCUCA